UGGGCAUCUUCAGGGCAUUUAAAGCGUGAAAAACACGAUCUUGCAACUAUGCCACGAUGCUUGGGCACCGUCUGGAUGGCCGUGCUGGUUCUUGCAGCUGCGUCUCAUUUUCUUGCUUUCGUGCAGCUGGUCUCCGCUUCGGUCAGAAUUGGCGAAGUGAUGGGACAGUGAUUGGGACAAUUAUGUGAUGACAGAGCGGUUGAAUGCAAUUUUCAAUGUUUAGUUUUGCUCUACUCUAUUGCAGAUGAACCUUUUAGGUCGUAGGGAAAUUAAGGUGAGAAAACUCUUUGCAAAACAAUUCUUUCGGAGCAUUAGUUGGAACCCCAGCCCUUCUACGUUCAGGACCCGACAGCGGAACUCAGUAUGUGGUUGUCAUUCGGUGGCGUCUUUGCAGCUCGUAAUGCUUUGGGAAAUUAAAAGCCAAUCCAAAAAUCCAACAGGUCAGGACCCAUAGCCAAACCAUUGCUCCCCUCUCACAAUCCCAAGCAGUUCGACGUUCCGAGGCCGCUGGCAACACCGUCUCGUCCCCGUGUGGCGCGUGUGGCGCGUGCGGACGGGCCGGUGGGACUGAGAAGCGCAGAGCACAGUGGGGAGCUCACCCAGCGCAAACAGAGGCCCGUCAUAGCAGUGCUGGUGGCCAUGAUGUUGAGCUUUAGCUUGGCAGCUGCGGCGCUAGCUCCGCCAGACCCCACGGUGGAGGCUGCCUGGGGUUUUGUUCGAAGAAACUACUACGACCAGACUUUCAACAAGCAAGACUGGAACGCCCUCCACGAGCGAUUUCUUCGACGGGUCGACCAAGGUGAACGUGCUGAGAGCGUGGUCCGCGAGAUGGUGCAGUCUUUGGGUGAUCGCUACAGUCGUGUGAUCGACGCUGCCACCUUCGAACAGCUCAUGGCCUUUGAUCCGAUGGGCGUUGGACUCGUUUUGGCGAGGAAUGACCAGAAAGAGGUCAUCAUUAGCUCUCCACCCUUUGCGGGCUCUUCGGCGGCCAAGGCGGGUCUCCGGCAGGGGCAGCGGGUGGAGAAAGUGGACGACAUGAGCUUCAAGGAGCUGUCCCUCCUGGCCGUCGCGGACCGCGUCAGCACGCGGGACCCGCCCAGCGUGACGCUCACACUGCGUGAGGGCGAGGGCGAGACGAGGGAGGUGGUUCUUGAACGCCUCAGACAAGCAAAGCCACAGAACCAGGUCGAGUCGGGCAUCGUCACCAAUGCUUUAGGCCACAAAGUGGGCUUCUUGCGGCUGCGGACCGUGGGCGCGCGCUCGGCGCUGGAGAUGCAGGAGGCUCUGGGGCGACUGCGGGCCGAAGGUGCUCAAGAGUGGGUCAUUGAUUUGCGAGGGAAUGGAGGUGGCUCCUUCCCUGCAGCUCUGGAGGCGGCUGAGCUCUUCUUGCCGAAGGGAGCCACCGCUGCUCAGGUGAAGCUGCCGAGCGUUGACAAGGAGAAGCCGAUCUUGGUGGGAGAAGAAGGCGAGCGCCAGGAGCGCGUGGGCUCCGCUACGGAGCCUGUCGCCGUGCUGGUGGACGCCGGCAGCGCAAGCGCCAGCGAGGUCCUGGCCGUGGCCCUGCGCGGCAACUGCCGUGCGCCGCUCAUCGGCAGCCGGACCUACGGCAAGGCGGCCGUCCAAGGUGUCUUUGGCUUGCCCAACAAGGAGGCGGUGGCCCUCACCGUGGCGCGCUACUCCGGGCCUCAUGGGGAGCGCAUCGAAGGUGGCUUGGAGCCUGACCUCUCCUCCGGCCUUAGCUUGGGGGGCCUCUCGCCGCAAGGGCUGAUGUCGGCGCUGGGCGCCCCGCUUCAGGGUGGCGGCGAUUAUGGAUUGGAUGUGGAAGGUGCAUCCAAGCUCGCCUUGGCAGCGUGUGCCGAAUCGGCCCGAUAGUUCUGAGUCUGAGCCUAGUGACAAAGAGGGGGCA